CACUGAAGGGGCUGGUGCCACCUUCUUCCCCUUAGCCUUUUUCCCCUUAGGCUGUGGAGAGAUGCACAAUACUUCACGAGUUCAUCAUUCAAAAUUAGCAGAAAGUUCAAGAGAAACACCUUUUUUUGGCUAAUGCUCAGUUUUGAAAAGAUGUGUUCUACAAAAAAGUUCAGGUGAAGAAAUUCAAGACAUCACUGCAAAAGCCAAAAAACCUACUAGUCAAGAUACACUAACUUAUGGUGCGACAUGCGUUGUAGCAACCAGUUUAGCAUCUCAGAGAUACAAGCUUACUCAACGCAUUUUCAGUACUUAGAAUUUUUAAGAUGACCUACGGGUGUGCAUUAGUGAAGAAUACAGCAGCACUUGUGUGUUUAAUAAACAGCGGGCCAAUCUAAUUCAUUUUGGCCUACAAACAAGCCCGCUAACAGGUUAGCAUUCGCGUUGGAACCCAUGGUUAAGUUUCUCAUAAUAAUUAACAUUAAAAAUAUUUAGUCAAGGGAGUUCGCAUCAAGUACACGGGUAAUGACAUUUAACGGCUUACGGUCUAACGGCGCACAUCUCGAGGCGUCAGCGCUGAUAGUAAGCGGACACUACACGGCUCUCAAUUCUUCCUCUAAAUACUUAAAAUGAUUGCAAUUUUCAUUCAGAGAGCAAGCGUUGGUGCUUUAUUUUCCAUAACCGAUAUGUUAUGAGUCCUAGAACACAUUACAAAGCAGGAUGCUUAAGGAUUUUCAAAAAGUGAAGGCUUCCCAGUCAAAACCAUCAAACACUCACCAUGUUGGUUCAGACAGAAAGGAAGAAGAAAUGGAUUGUGGGAAAUUUAACUACCGCGACAUUUGGUAAUGACAUCAUCUGUACGCGACAGAACAACAAAAGAGGGAGGCUCAUGUUUAUUUGAAGAGAUAUUCAAUGAAUGCUGGCUCACUGUCAAGUGUGACUGAAGAGCGCUGUGAUGGCCACACAGAGAGUACUCCCACAAAGCAAAGAAACUCUUCUGCAGAACUACAAUAAGAGACUUAAAGAUGACAUCAGGUCAAUUCUAGACAAUUUCACCGAAAUAAUCAAAACAGCAAAGGUGGAAGAUGAGACUCAGGUUUCCAGGGCGACACAAGCUGAGCAGGAUCACUAUGAAAUGCACGUGCGAGCUGCUAACCUAGUACGUGCAGGAGAGUCUCUCAUGAAGCUUGUCUCAGACCUGAAGCAGUUCCUCAUCCUGAAUGACUUCCCGUCUGUCAACGAGGCCAUCAGUCUCCGCAACCAGCAGCUGCGCACGCUGCAGGAAGAGUGCGACAAGAAGCUCAUCUCCCUGCGUGAUGAGAUUGCCAUCGACCUGUAUGAGCUCGAGGAAGAGUAUUACUCCUCCAGCUGUGGACAGUGGGAUGGUGUUGAGUUGCCACUUUGUGAGACCUUUCGUCGGCAGGACAGUUGGGGGUCCCCUGAGACGACCUCUGACCCCUCGUGUGCCAACCCAGAGGAUUCAGACCGCUUGGGGACCCAGGAGUCCAUGCAGCGUCACCUAAACAGCCACGGCAGCAGCACUAGUGAGCAGUCAUGAAAUACCGGUGGCUUCCUUCAUGGACCAGUUAAGAUUACACAUUUAAGCAAUUUGACAUUAUAAAAAGCCCAUCUUAAACCUCCAGCUGCAGACUGCAAUGACACUGAAUUAAUGCUGAGAACAUUUCAAUGAAUAGUAUUUCUAAUUCCUAGUUGGGUAACUUGCUACAUUGGAAUAAAGGAGUGUUUGUCUUUGUGUCGGUUUAUUGGCUAAAUUUAAUGUCUCUUUGGGUAAAAUUACAACUAUGCUAUACUUUCAUUGUUGUUCUGAAAAAAAUACAAGUUGAGUAAUCUAACAACUUUAAGCAAGUGGUGUUUUGGAUGCUAAAAGAAAAGGAGACUUCUCUGUAAACAUGCUGCGUUUGAGUAAAUCUAGCUCCUCUAUUUAAGUAACAAAAUAAGCUGUUUAAUUUCAUUGUAUGUUUCAUAGUAUAUGUACACUGUAA